ACAUCCUUUUCUUCUACUUGCUGAAACAGAAGCUCUUUUUGAAGUAACCUUGUGAACGAAAUGGCAACAUGCAAACAACCAGCUUUCACUCUGGCAAUGAAGUUCACCUGGAUAUUAUACCACGCUGGAGCUGCUGCGGUGGGUAUACCUUGCACAGUCAAAGUAACUCAGCCUCGAUCCCUGGAAGCUGAUGCUGCCUCAAGCAACGUUACGAUAUCAUGCGCUUUUUCCACUGAAGGGUGUCGUAGCCUCUCCCCUACAGUCCACUGGUUCCGGUACCUGCCCCACGCCCAUGAAGAUCUGUGCAUGCCAAAAUGCACGCAGAGUGCGAAGUUCCAAGCCGCCAGCACAGUGCCUGAAAAGCAGGCUUCCAUUAGGAUCAGCAAUGUCAACGUAGAGGACAGUGCCAUUUACUUCUGUGGGGUUGCAUUUGCCAAUUCAGCCGACCCUCUCUCCAAGCAGACCGGGGAAGGAACAGCAUUAACGAUAAGAGGAAGCAAGAAACACAGCGCAGGAGUCUACAUUAUGGUGGCUGUUUUGUUGCUACUGUUCAUCUACAUCGCUGCCUUAUUUGCAAGUUUUAAAGUCUUCUCCAAGCCCAAAGCCAAGGAAGCAAAGAGAAGAGGCCACAACACUGGGGUUCCCAUCAAGGAGAGUGGGCGAUCGAUUUCUCGAGCCAUUGCACAGGAACUGCGCAAAAAGAAAGACAAGUUGAACGGCCGGCCUCGACAGCGCUUGGAAAAGGAAACCAUCUACCAAAACAACUGAACAGUCACAGUACAUGUGCUGAGGCCUCCUGGAACAGAAUGUACUUCCAAACACAGCUGUAGUGUUUAAACAAUUGCUAUGAUCUUUGAAUAAAGAAAUAAAUCAAUCUUA